AGAUGUUUCAUUCACAACUGCUCCUACUGGUCCUUCAAGCACCACAGGCCACAUUGAUCCAUCAAGCACAGCUACUACUAAAUAUUUUUCAAAUAAUGUUGUACCCACAGGUCAACCAAGCACAAAUUUUCAUACUGGAAGCUUGACCACUGCUGUUCAGACUGAUCUGUCAAGCACAACUGCUCCUGAUGGUCCCAUCACGACUAAAGAUCCUUCUGAUUCAUCAAAUACAUCUGUUCCUUUUGGUUCCACAACUGCUGCUGUUCCAAAUGUUCCAAACACAAGUAUUUCUACUGGUGUUUCAAGCAAUGUACCUCGUACAGAUGUAUCAUUCACAACUGUUAAUAAUGGUCCUUCAAGCGCCACAGGCCACAUUGAUCCAUCAAGCACAGCUGCUACUAAAUAUUUUUCAAAUAAUGUAGUUCUCACAGAUCAACCAAGCACAACUGUUCAUACUGGAACCUUGACCACUGCAGUUCAUACUGAUCUGUCAAGCACAGCUGCCCCUGAUAAUCCCAUCACGACUAAAGAUGCUGCGGAUUCAUCAAUGACAUCUGUUCCAGCUGGGUCCACAACUUCUGCAGUCCCAAAUGAUCUUUCAGACACAACUGUUCUGUCAGGCCCUUCAACCUCAACAAUGCCUACUUAUCAGUCAAGCUCGAUUAUUCCUCCUGGUACUACUAUAAACACCAUAAUCUCUACUGAUCUGUCAAGCACAGCUGUACCUAAUCAUCAUCCAGAUACAACACUUUCAACCAGUACAUCAAUCACAAUAGCUCCAGCUGAUCAGUCAAGCAAUGCAGUUCAUACUGAUUUGUCAAGCACAGCUACUUCUGCUGGUGUUUCAAGCAAUGAACCUCGUACAGAUGUUUCAUUCACAACUGCUCCUACUGGUCCUUCAAGCACCACAGGCCACAUUGAUCCAUCAAGCACAGCUACUACUAAAUAUUUUUCAAAUAAUGUAGUACCCACAGGUCAAGCAAGCACAACUGUUCAUACUGGAAGCUUGACCACUGCUGUUCAUAAUGAUCUGUCAAGCACAACUGCUCCUGAUGGUCCCAACAUGACUAAAGAUCCUGCGGAUUCAUCAAAGACAUCUGUUCCUGUUGGCUCCACAACUGCUGCAGUCCCAAAUGAUCUUUCAGACAAAACUGUUCUGUCAGGCCCUUCAACCUCAACAAUGCCUAUUUAUCAAUCAAGCACGAUUGUUCCUCCUGGUACUACUAUAAACACCAUAAUCUCUACUGAUCUGUCAAGCACAGCUGUACCUAAUCAUCAUUCAGAUACAACAAUUUCAACCAGUACAUCAAUAACAAUUGCUCCAGCUGAUCAGUCAAGCAAUGCAGUUCAUACUGAUUUGUCAAGCAUAGCUACUUCUACUGGUGUUUCAAGCAAUGAACCUCGUACAGAUGUUUCAUUCACAACUGCUCCUACUGGUCCUUCAAGCACCACAGGCCACAUUGAUCCAUCAAGCACAGCUACUACUAAAUAUUUUUCAAAUAAUGUAGUACCCACAGGUCAACCAAGCACAACUGUUCAUACUGGAAGCUUGACCACUGCUCUUCAUACUGAUCUGUCAAGCACAACUGCUCCUGAUGGUCCCAACACGACUAAAGAUCCUGUGGAUUCAUCAAAGACAUCUGUUCCUUUUGGUUCCACAACUGCUGCUGUUCCAAAUGAUCUUUCAGACAAAACUGUUCUGUCAGGCCCUUCAACCUCAACAAUGCCUAUUUAUCAAUCAAGCACGAUUGUUCCUCCUGGUACUACUAUAAACACCAUAAUCUCUACUGAUCUGUCAAGCACAGCUGUACCUAAUCAUCAUUCAGGUACAACAAUUUCAACCAGUACAUCAAUCACAAUUGCUCCAGCUGAUCAGUCAAGCAAUGCAGUUCAUACUGAUUUGUCAAGCAUAGCUACUUCUACUGGUGUUUCAAGCAAUGAACCUCAUACAGAUGUUUCAUUCGCAACUGCUCCUACUGGUCCUUCAAGCACCACAGGCCACAUUGAUCCAUCAAGCACAGCUACUACUAAAUAUUUUUCAAAUAAUGUAGUACCCACAGGUCAACCGAGCACAACUGUUCAUACUGGAAGCUUGACCACUGCAGUUCAUACUGAUCUGUCAAGCACAACUGCUCCUGAUGGUCCCAUCACGACUAAAGAUCCUUCAGAUUCAUCAAAUACAUCUGUUCCUUUUGGUUCCACAACUGCUGCUGUUCCAAAUGUUCCAAACACAAGUAUUUCUGCUGGUGUUUCAAGCAAUGAACCUCGUACAGAUGUAUCAUUCACAACUGUUAAUAAUGGUCCUUCAAGCGCCACAGGCCACAUUGAUCCAUCAAGCACAGCUGCUACUAAAUAUUUUUCAAAUAAUGUAGUUCUCACAGAUCAACCAAGCACAACUGUUCAUACUGGAACCUUGACCACUGCAGUUCAUACUGAUCUGUCAAGCACAGCUGCCCCUGAUGGUCCCAUCACGACUAAAGAUGCUGCGGAUUCAUCAAUGACAUCUGUUCCAGUUGGGUCCACAACUUCUGCAGUCCCAAAUGAUCUUUCAGACACAACUGUUCUGUCAGGCCCUUCAACCUCAACAAUGCCUACUUAUCAAUCAAGCACGAUUGUUCCUCCUGGUACUACUAUAAACACCAUAAUCUCUACUGAUCUGUCAAGCACAGCUGUACCUAAUCAUCAUUCAGAUACAACAAUUUCAACCAGUACAUCAAUAACAAUUGCUCCAGCUGAUCAGUCAAGCAAUGCAGUUCAUACUGAUUUGUCAAGCAUAGCUACUUCUACUGGUGUUUCAAGCAAUGAACCUCGUACAGAUGUUUCAUUCACAACUGCUCCUACUGGUCCUUCAAGCACCACAGGCCACAUUGAUCCAUCAAGCACAGCUACUACUAAAUAUUUUUCAAAUAAUGUUGUACCCACAGGUCAACCAAGCACAACUGUUCAUACUGGAACCUUGACCACUGCAGUUCAUACUGAUCUGUCAAGCACAGCUGCCCCUGAUGGUCCCACCACGACUAAAGAUCCUGUGGAUUCAUCAAUGACAUCUGUUCCAGCUGGGUCCACAACUGCUGCAGUCCCAAAUGAUCUUUCAGACAAAACUGUUCUGUCAGGCCCUUCAACCUCAACAAUGCCUAUUUAUCAAUCAAGCACGAUUGUUCCUCCUGGUACUACUAUAAACACCAUAAUCUCUACUGAUCUGUCAAGCACAGCUGUACCUAAUCAUCAUUCAGGUACAACAAUUUCAACCAGUACAUCAAUCACAAUUGCUCCAGCUGAUCAGUCAAGCAAUGCAGUUCAUACUGAUUUGUCAAGCAUAGCUACUUCUACUGGUGUUUCAAGCAAUGAACCUCAUACAGAUGUUUCAUUCACAACUGCUCCUAAUGGUCCUUCAAGCACCACAGGCCACAUUGAUCCAUCAAGCACAGCUACUACUAAAUAUUUUUCAAAUAAUGUAGUACCCACAGGUCAAGAAAGCACAACUGUUCAUACUGGAAGCUUGACCACUGCAGUUCAUACUGAUCUGUCUAGCACAACUGCUCCUGAUGGUCCCAUUACGACUAAAGAUCCUUCGGAUUCAUCAAAUACAUCUGUUCCUUUUGGUUCCACAACUGCUGCUGUUCCAAAUGUUCCAAACACAAGUAUUUCUACUGAUGUUUCAAGCAAUGUACCUCGUACAGAUGUAUCAUUCACAACUGUUAAUAAUGGUCCUUCAAGUGCCACAGGCCACAUUGAUCCAUCAAGCACAGCUACUACUAAAUAUUUUUCAAAUAAUGUUGUACCCACAGGUCAACCAAGCACAACUGUUCAUACUGGAAGCUUGACCACUGCUGUUCUGACUGAUCUGUCAAGCACAACUGCUCCUGAUGGUCCCAUCACGACUAAAGAUCCUUCUGAUUCAUCAAAUACAUCUGUUCCUUUUGGUUCCACAACUGCUGCUGUUCCAAAUGUUCCAAACACAAGUAUUUCUACUGGUGUUUCAAGCAAUGUACCUCGUACAGAUGUAUCAUUCACAACUGUUAAUAAUGGUCCUUCAAGCGCCACAGGCCACAUUGAUCCAUCAAGCACAGCUGCUACUAAAUAUUUUUCAAAUAAUGUAGUUCUCACAGAUCAACCAAGCACAACUGUUCAUACUGGAACCUUGACCACUGCAGUUCAUACUGAUCUGUCAAGCACAGCUGCCCCUGAUAAUCCCAUCACGACUAAAGAUGCUGCGGAUUCAUCAAUGACAUCUGUUCCAGCUGGGUCCACAACUUCUGCAGUCCCAAAUGAUCUUUCAGACACAACUGUUCUGUCAGGCCCUUCAACCUCAACAAUGCCUACUUAUCAGUCAAGCUCGAUUAUUCCUCCUGGUACUACUAUAAACACCAUAAUCUCUACUGAUCUGUCAAGCACAGCUGUACCUAAUCAUCAUCCAGAUACAACACUUUCAACCAGUACAUCAAUCACAAUAGCUCCAGCUGAUCAGUCAAGCAAUGCAGUUCAUACUGAUUUGUCAAGCACAGCUACUUCUGCUGGUGUUUCAAGCAAUGAACCUCGUACAGAUGUUUCAUUCACAACUGCUCCUACUGGUCCUUCAAGCACCACAGGCCACAUUGAUCCAUCAAGCACAGCUACUACUAAAUAUUUUUCAAAUAAUGUAGUACCCACAGGUCAAGCAAGCACAACUGUUCAUACUGGAAGCUUGACCACUGCUGUUCAUAAUGAUCUGUCAAGCACAACUGCUCCUGAUGGUCCCAACAUGACUAAAGAUCCUGCGGAUUCAUCAAAGACAUCUGUUCCUGUUGGCUCCACAACUGCUGCAGUCCCAAAUGAUCUUUCAGACAAAACUGUUCUGUCAGGCCCUUCAACCUCAACAAUGCCUAUUUAUCAAUCAAGCACGAUUGUUCCUCCUGGUACUACUAUAAACACCAUAAUCUCUACUGAUCUGUCAAGCACAGCUGUACCUAAUCAUCAUUCAGAUACAACAAUUUCAACCAGUACAUCAAUAACAAUUGCUCCAGCUGAUCAGUCAAGCAAUGCAGUUCAUACUGAUUUGUCAAGCAUAGCUACUUCUACUGGUGUUUCAAGCAAUGAACCUCGUACAGAUGUUUCAUUCACAACUGCUCCUACUGGUCCUUCAAGCACCACAGGCCACAUUGAUCCAUCAAGCACAGCUACUACUAAAUAUUUUUCAAAUAAUGUAGUACCCACAGGUCAACCAAGCACAACUGUUCAUACUGGAAGCUUGACCACUGCUCUUCAUACUGAUCUGUCAAGCACAACUGCUCCUGAUGGUCCCAACACGACUAAAGAUCCUGUGGAUUCAUCAAAGACAUCUGUUCCUUUUGGUUCCACAACUGCUGCUGUUCCAAAUGAUCUUUCAGACAAAACUGUUCUGUCAGGCCCUUCAACCUCAACAAUGCCUAUUUAUCAAUCAAGCACGAUUGUUCCUCCUGGUACUACUAUAAACACCAUAAUCUCUACUGAUCUGUCAAGCACAGCUGUACCUAAUCAUCAUUCAGGUACAACAAUUUCAACCAGUACAUCAAUCACAAUUGCUCCAGCUGAUCAGUCAAGCAAUGCAGUUCAUACUGAUUUGUCAAGCAUAGCUACUUCUACUGGUGUUUCAAGCAAUGAACCUCAUACAGAUGUUUCAUUCGCAACUGCUCCUACUGGUCCUUCAAGCACCACAGGCCACAUUGAUCCAUCAAGCACAGCUACUACUAAAUAUUUUUCAAAUAAUGUAGUACCCACAGGUCAACCGAGCACAACUGUUCAUACUGGAAGCUUGACCACUGCAGUUCAUACUGAUCUGUCAAGCACAACUGCUCCUGAUGGUCCCAUCACGACUAAAGAUCCUUCAGAUUCAUCAAAUACAUCUGUUCCUUUUGGUUCCACAACUGCUGCUGUUCCAAAUGUUCCAAACACAAGUAUUUCUGCUGGUGUUUCAAGCAAUGAACCUCGUACAGAUGUAUCAUUCACAACUGUUAAUAAUGGUCCUUCAAGCGCCACAGGCCACAUUGAUCCAUCAAGCACAGCUGCUACUAAAUAUUUUUCAAAUAAUGUAGUUCUCACAGAUCAACCAAGCACAACUGUUCAUACUGGAACCUUGACCACUGCAGUUCAUACUGAUCUGUCAAGCACAGCUGCCCCUGAUGGUCCCAUCACGACUAAAGAUGCUGCGGAUUCAUCAAUGACAUCUGUUCCAGUUGGGUCCACAACUUCUGCAGUCCCAAAUGAUCUUUCAGACACAACUGUUCUGUCAGGCCCUUCAACCUCAACAAUGCCUACUUAUCAAUCAAGCACGAUUGUUCCUCCUGGUACUACUAUAAACACCAUAAUCUCUACUGAUCUGUCAAGCACAGCUGUACCUAAUCAUCAUUCAGAUACAACAAUUUCAACCAGUACAUCAAUAACAAUUGCUCCAGCUGAUCAGUCAAGCAAUGCAGUUCAUACUGAUUUGUCAAGCAUAGCUACUUCUACUGGUGUUUCAAGCAAUGAACCUCGUACAGAUGUUUCAUUCACAACUGCUCCUACUGGUCCUUCAAGCACCACAGGCCACAUUGAUCCAUCAAGCACAGCUACUACUAAAUAUUUUUCAAAUAAUGUUGUACCCACAGGUCAACCAAGCACAACUGUUCAUACUGGAACCUUGACCACUGCAGUUCAUACUGAUCUGUCAAGCACAGCUGCCCCUGAUGGUCCCACCACGACUAAAGAUCCUGUGGAUUCAUCAAUGACAUCUGUUCCAGCUGGGUCCACAACUGCUGCAGUCCCAAAUGAUCUUUCAGACAAAACUGUUCUGUCAGGCCCUUCAACCUCAACAAUGCCUAUUUAUCAAUCAAGCACGAUUGUUCCUCCUGGUACUACUAUAAACACCAUAAUCUCUACUGAUCUGUCAAGCACAGCUGUACCUAAUCAUCAUUCAGGUACAACAAUUUCAACCAGUACAUCAAUCACAAUUGCUCCAGCUGAUCAGUCAAGCAAUGCAGUUCAUACUGAUUUGUCAAGCAUAGCUACUUCUACUGGUGUUUCAAGCAAUGAACCUCAUACAGAUGUUUCAUUCACAACUGCUCCUAAUGGUCCUUCAAGCACCACAGGCCACAUUGAUCCAUCAAGCACAGCUACUACUAAAUAUUUUUCAAAUAAUGUAGUACCCACAGGUCAAGAAAGCACAACUGUUCAUACUGGAAGCUUGACCACUGCAGUUCAUACUGAUCUGUCUAGCACAACUGCUCCUGAUGGUCCCAUUACGACUAAAGAUCCUGUGGAUUCAUCAAAUACAUCUGUUCCUUUUGGUUCCACAACUGCUGCUGUUCCAAAUGUUCCAAAGACAAGUAUUUCUACUGAUGUUUCAAGCAAUGUACCUCGUACAGAUGUAUCAUUCACAACUGUUAAUAAUGGUCCUUCAAGUGCCACAGGCCACAUUGAUCCAUCAAGCACAGCUACUACUAAAUAUUUUUCAAAUAAUGUUGUACCCACAGGUCAACCAAGCACAACUGUUCAUACUGGAAGCUUGACCACUGCUGUUCUGACUGAUCUGUCAAGCACAACUGCUCCUGAUAGUCCCAUCACAACUAAAGAUCCUUCUGAUUCAUCAAAUACAUCUGUUCCUCUUAGUUCCACAACUGCUGCUGUUCCAAAUGUUCCAAACACAAGUAUUUCUACUGGUGUUUCAAGCAAUGUACCUCGUACAGAUGUAUCAUUCACAACUGUUAAUAAUGGUCCUUCAAGCGCCACAGGCCACAUUGAUCCAUCAAGAACAGCUGCUACUAAAUAUUUUUCAAAUAAUGUAGUUCCCACGGAUCAACCAAGCACAACUGUUCAUACUGGAACCUUGACCACUGCAGUUCAUACUGAUCUGUCAAGCACAACUGCUCCUGAUGGUCCCAUCACGACUAAAGAUCCUGCAGAUUCAUCAAUGACAUCUGUUCCUGUUGGUUCCACAACUGCUGCAGUCCCAAAUCAUCUUUCAGACACAACUGUUCUGUCAGGCCCUUCAACCUCAACAAUGCCUACUUAUCAAUCAAGCACGAUUGUUCCUCCUGGUACUACUAUAAACACCAUAGUCUCUACUGAUCUGUCAAGCACAGCUGUACCUAAUUAUCAUUCUGAUACAACAGUUUCAACCAGUACAUCAAUCACAAUUGCUCCAGCUGAUCAGUCAAGCAAUUCAGUUCAUGCUGAUUUGUCAAGCACAACUUUUUCUGCUGGUGUUUCAAGCAAUUUACUUCGUACAGAUGUAUCAAGCACAACUAUUCUUUCUGGUUCAUCUCUCACUACAGUAUCUGUAACCAGUACUGCUGCUAAUCGGAUUACCACAUCUGUGUUUUUUAUGAACUCAACAACCUCUAAAAGUGUCACCACCUCAAUCACAUCUUCACUGCCAGCCACUCAUCUAUCAACUAAAGCCUCCACAGGUUCAGCAGUGCCAGGCGAAGGAUUCGUUAUUCUGCAGAUACGUUUACAGACAGAAUAUAUUGAUGCUUACAAUAAUCCUGCUUCACCAGAGUAUCAGACUCUGUCCACAAACAUCACCACUGAGCUGAAUCGAGUCUACCUUGAAAUUUAUGGGAUCAUCUUCCUAAGAUGCCACGUGAAGAGAUUCUGGCCUGGGUCAGUAGGUGUGGAUACCGAACUUAUUUUUAAAAACCAGACUGUGCUUCCAAAUGCAACAAGCAUUCAAGAAAGUCUUAAGACAGCAAUUGCUGACUCAAAAGUGUACCUUUUUUCCGUGAUUCCUUCCAGCAUCACUGUUGUGGAACCGCAAGUACUAUCUUCAACCACCAGCCAAACACAGACAUCACAAAGUGUUCCAGUAAUGCAAACAUCUUCUGCUGUUGCACCAGUUCUGUCUAGUUUGCUGUUCAUACUUUUGCUUCUGCUAUGGAAUGGAACACUGUAACUCUGCAAUGUUUUUCUCCAUGUGUCACAUUCAAGCCUACAAUUAAUAUUAUGAAUUGUCUAUUAUCUUAUCUUACUGUGAUAAAUUAUCUUAUCUUACUGUGAUAAAUGACCAUUACUCUUGGUUUUAUGCUAUGGAAAAAUUCUGACAUGCAAUAUUUAUUCUAAAAAUAGUCCUUUCAUGCAUUUCUUGGGACAGCUGGGGAAUUUCAGCGCUUCUUGUGAUUAACACAAUUACAAUAUCCACAAUGAUUGAGUUGAUUGUUUCUUUUUAUUUUCUUGGAUGUUACAAUAAAUUGGAAAUAAAAAUCUGAA